ACAUCACAAGGGAUAUCAUUCUCUUGAUUUAACUACUAAUAAAAUCAUCAUCUCGCGAGAUGUUGUAUGCUGUACUCUCACUUUCCAUACAACCACAUCUUAAGUCUCCACUUGUCCCACUUGCUAGUCCUUCCACUGUACCAUCUUCAGUUGUCCCUAAUUCCUCAACUAUUCCUGUUUCUACUUUGUCGUACACAUCCAAGUCCCUUGCAUAUUCACCACUUGGGCCAGCUACUUCUCCACUUGCUGUGUCGCGUAGUCCGGUUGUUGCCACUUCAUUACCAUUUACUCAUGAUCUUUCUAGUCAUGUAGGUGACCUUAUUGCUGCACGGUCUCUUCUUAAAGCUUCUGAAGUUCUUGUUGUCAAUUCCUCUGUUGCCACCAUUCCUUCAUCUUCUGAUCAUUCUAUGACUCAUGGUGCUAGAACUCAUUCCAUGGUCACAUGGACCCAAGAUGGCACCUGUAAAGUCGAUGUGUUACCUUCUUUGCUUGUUACUGAUUGUGCUUUGAGGGAGCCAAGAAAUUUUAAAGAAGCUAGUAAAGAUUCAGACUGGUGCACUACAAUGGCAGAAGAAUUUUCAGCUCUUCUUCGGAAUAACAGUUGGAGUUUGGUUCCAUGUCCCUCUAAUGCUAAUAUUGUUGGGUUGAAAUGGGUUUAUUGCAUUAAAUAGAGAGCAGAUGAUAAUGUUGAGAGAUUAAAGGCAUGCAUUGUUGCUCAAGGUUACACGCAAUAGCCAAGUAUUGAUUAUGAUGAACUUUUAGUCUUGUUGUCAAGCCUGUUACUAUUUAGACUGUGCUUUCUCUUGCAAUUAUGUGUUCUUGGCCAAUUCAUCAGCUUAAUGUCAAGAAUGCUCUUCUUAACGGUACUUUGUCUAAAACUAUUUACAUGUCUCAGCCUUUUGGUUUUGUUGAUUCAGCUUAUCCAUAUUAUGUAAGUUAUAGAAAGCACUUUAUGGCUUGAAAUAGGCUCUGCAUGCAUGGUUUCACAGGUUUACUUCUAUUCUUCUCUCUUAUGGCUUUGUUCACGCUAAAUUAGAUUGGUCUUUAUUUGUGUUCCGUAAAUCUGGUUUGAUGGCUUAUCUUCUUUUUUAUGUGGAUGAUAUUAUUCUCACUGCUUCGUCUACACUUCUAUUGUGUAAAAUUAUUUCUUUGUUAAAGUCUGAAUUUUAGAUGACUGAUUUGGGAUCUCUGAAUUAUUUUCUUGGCAUUAGUGCUCAAUUUAAUGAUACUGGUUUGCUCCUAUCUCAAUCUAAAUAUGUUGCUGAUUUGCUUGAUAAAAGUGGAAUGUGUGA